AUGAUCGCAAAAAACUUCCUCCUUUUGCUCUGUUUCAUUGCCUUGGUGAACGUUGAAUCGAGCCCUGAUGAGGCGGUCAUGAUAGCUCUGAGAGACUCCUUGAAGCUAUCUGGAAAUCCAAACUGGUCCGGGUCGGAUCCUUGUAAGUGGUCUAUGUUCAUAAAAUGCGACGCAAGCAAUCGGGUCACCGCGAUCCAAAUCGGGGACAGAGGAAUCUCAGGAAAGCUACCUCCUGAUCUCGGAAAGCUAACAUCUUUGACGAAGUUCGAGGUCAUGAGGAACCGUUUAACAGGACCAAUACCGAGUCUUGCUGGGUUGAAAUCGUUGGUAACUGUGUAUGCUAAUGACAAUGAUUUCACUUCUGUCCCUGAGGAUUUCUUCUCUGGUUUGAGUUCUCUUCAGCAUGUUUCUCUGGAUAACAAUCCUUUUGAUUCUUGGGUGAUACCUCCGAGUUUGGAAAACGCGACUUCCCUUGUAGAUUUCUCUGCUGUCAACUGCAAUCUUUCCGGGAAGAUCCCGGAUUAUCUCUUCGAGGGGAAAGAUUUCUCUAGUUUGACGACUCUGAAACUGUCUUAUAACUCGCUUGUAUGUGAAUUUCCCAUGAAUUUCUCCGACUCACGUGUUCAAGUUCUGAUGCUUAACGGGCAAAAGGGAAGGGAGAAGCUUCAUGGGUCAAUUUCGUUUCUGCAAAAGAUGACUUCUUUGACCAAUGUUACGCUGCAAGGGAACAGCUUCUCCGGUCCUUUACCAGACUUUUCUGGUUUAGUCUCGUUGAAAAGUUUCAAUGUUAGGGAGAAUCAGCUUUCGGGUCUCGUUCCCUCUUCUUUGUUUGAGCUGCAAUCUCUUUCUGAUGUUGCUUUAGGUAAUAACUUGCUUCAAGGACCAACUCCAAACUUCACGGCUCCUGACAUUAAGCCUGAUCUGAAUGGUCUCAAUAGUUUCUGCUUAGAUACUCCAGGUACUUCUUGUGAUCCCCGUGUCAACACGUUGCUUUCAAUCGUUGAAGCCUUUGGUUACCCGGUGAAUUUUGCGGAGAAAUGGAAAGGAAAUGAUCCUUGUAGUGGAUGGGUAGGGAUCACUUGUACUGGAACUGAUAUCACAGUUAUCAACUUCAAAAACUUGGGGCUCAACGGCACUAUAUCUCCACGAUUUGCUGAUUUUGCGUCUCUUCGUGUUAUUAAUCUCUCUCAGAAUAAUCUUAAUGGUACUAUUCCACAAGAGCUCGCUAAGUUGAGUAACUUGAAAACACUGGAUGUUUCGAAGAAUCGGUUGUGUGGUGAAGUACCUCGUUUUAACACAACUAUUGUUAACACGACUGGGAAUUUUGAGGACUGUCCUAAUGGCAAUGCUGGAAAGAAAGCAUCUAGUAAUGCUGGGAAAAUUGUUGGUUCUGUUAUUGGUAUUUUGUUAGCUUUGCUUCUUAUAGGGGUUGCUAUUUUCUUUUUGGUCAAGAAAAAGAUGCAAUAUCAUAAGAUGCAUCCUCAACAACAAUCUAGUGACCAAGAUGCGUUCAAGAUUACAAUUGAGAAUCUGUGUACUGGUGUUAGUGAAAGUGGAUUCAGUGGUAAUGACGCUCAUCUAGGAGAAGCUGGAAAUAUUGUGAUCUCAAUACAAGUUUUGAGGGAUGCUACAUAUAAUUUCGAUGAGAAGAAUAUACUUGGGAGAGGAGGAUUUGGAAUAGUUUACAAGGGAGAGUUGCAUGAUGGAACAAAGAUUGCGGUUAAGAGAAUGGAAUCUUCGAUUAUAAGUGGAAAGGGUUUAGAUGAGUUUAAAUCAGAGAUUGCUGUUCUUACUAGAGUUCGCCACCGAAAUCUAGUGGUUCUUCAUGGUUAUUGCUUAGAAGGCAAUGAGAGACUUCUUGUUUAUCAGUACAUGCCACAAGGGACAUUAAGUAGGCAUAUUUUCUAUUGGAAGGAAGAAGGGUUGAGGCCUCUCGAGUGGACUAGACGGUUGAUUAUUGCAUUGGAUGUGGCUAGAGGAGUUGAGUAUUUGCAUACUUUAGCACAUCAAAGUUUCAUACACAGAGAUCUUAAACCUUCUAAUAUUCUUCUUGGAGAUGACAUGCAUGCUAAAGUUGCUGAUUUUGGUUUAGUCCGGCUUGCACCAGAAGGUACACAAUCAAUUGAGACCAAGAUUGCUGGAACAUUUGGUUAUCUUGCACCAGAGUAUGCAGUGACCGGAAGAGUUACAACAAAGGUUGAUGUUUACAGCUUUGGAGUCAUCCUCAUGGAGCUACUAACGGGUCGAAAAGCUCUUGAUGUUGCACGAUCUGAGGAAGAAGUACAUCUUGCCACAUGGUUUAGGAGAAUGUUUAUCAACAAAGGCUCAUUCCCAAAGGCGAUAGACGAAGCAAUGGAGGUCAACGAAGAGACACUCAGAAGCAUCAACAUAGUAGCUGAGCUUGCCAAUCAAUGUAGCUCCAGGGAACCGCGAGAUAGACCCGACAUGAAUCACGUUGUCAACGUGUUGGUCUCACUUGUUGUACAAUGGAAACCCACAGAACGAAGCAGUGACUCGGAAGAUAUCUAUGGAAUUGAUUACGACACUCCUCUUCCUCAACUUAUUCUUGAUUCGUGUUUUUUUGGAGAUAAUACUCUGACGAGCAUACCUUCGCGACCUUCCGAGCUUGAAAGCACAUUCAAAUCAGGACAAGGGAGGUAA